AUGCAUCAAUUCAGCCCCCUGGACGCGAUCAUGCCCCCGAUCUUCAACGCACUGAUCGUGGGAUGGUCAUGUCCAGACGACGGUCAUGAUUCUCUGGGCUCGGUGCUGCAACGCUCGCUGGCCCUUGUCCUCGAAGAAUGGCCUGAUUUGGCGGGGGAGAUCGUCGCUCCCCCAGCGGACGCUCCGCCACGAACACAACCCACCAUUCGGCCCUUGGGGGAGCUUGGCUCGCCUCUAACCAUUUGCGACUUCACCGGCCCCGACAGUCCUUUCCCGUAUAGCUAUGCCCAGCUUCAAGCUCAAGGGUUCCCGACUAGCAAGCUCGAUGGUCAGCUACUGGCCCCCUUGGCUGGCGUUGCUACGACCCAGCGUGUCAUGGCAGCGCAAGCCAACUUCAUCCCUGGUGGCUGUCUUCUCUCGGUUGGGGUCUCACAUCAAUUCACCGAUGCCUACGGGGUUUACCUGAUUUUCGAGAAAUGGGCCCAGUAUUGCCGACAAUUCCAGGGCCUCCCGGCGCAGCCUGCAGCGUUCCCUCCCGCGCCGUCUCAGCCCCAAACCUCCCUACCUCCUGUACUUCAGGUGUCCCAUGACCAGGCGGCCGAGCAGUACCCGACGCUGAAGCAGCGGCCGGAGUUGUGGAAGCUGAUCGGCCUCGACUGGCGCGGAUCUGCCACCUCCCCACCACCUGAACCUCCCUUCCAGCUCGCAGCAGGGGGCGCGGAGACAUGCAUCUUCUCCCUCUCUGUUGCAGCUCAGGCGACCCUCAAGAGAGCAGCCUCCGCUUUCUCCUCCUCGUCUCCUUCCCCUAUCUCAACCAACGAUGCCCUAGUAGCCUGGAUCUGGCGGACCAUCUCCAAAGCCCGCUUUCCCACAGGCCAGCCAAAUGCGCCGUACCGAGACAACUCCUACGUCUCCGUCGCCAUCGAUGGUCGCAGGCCCCUCUCAAUCCCCGCUGACUAUGCGGGCAACGUGGUUUUCUGCAGCAUGACCAACAUGCCGAUUCACGAGCUCACCAACCCCGACACCCCGCUGGGCGAGAUCGCCGCGCGCAUCCGCCAAGAAACCACUGCCAACCGCGAUCCAGCACGGCUUCAGGAGGCUGUCGCCCUGGCCGCGGGGAUUCCUCACGUCCGCCAGCCCUUAGCCAAUGCCUUCCCGAGUUGGUUUGCUGAAGAUCUCGUCACCACUUCCUGGGUCGGGCUCCCCUUCUACCAGCUAGAUUUCGGCCCGGCACUGGGGUCUUCCGGGCGCAUUGAUACCUUCCGGAUGCCCCGUGGCCAAUUUGCAGGCAUUUGCAGUUUUCAACCACGCGCGGAUGACGGGUCGGUCGAAAUGGUCGUCGGAUUGUUGGCGGAGCAGAUGGAGCGGCUGGUAGCGGAUCCGGACUUUGCCCAAUUUGUAACCCUAGUUUCCUCGUAG